ACGCUGCGCCUCGCAACACCACCGAAGCGUCGUCCAACACGAAGCGAAAAAGAGGGGGAGGAAAAAAAAAAUCUGUCGUACGGUCGCGGGUACGCAGCUCAGAGCAGCCAGCCAGCAGCAGCAUAGGGGAACCAAGGAUGUCGUCGUCGUCGCCGACGUCGCCGCGGCUCGGGUCGAUGAUAAGCGCCAAGCUGGCGUCGCCGCCGCCGUCGCUGCUCCUCCCGCCGUCCCCUCGCCUCCAGGGCCGCCGCCUGAUGACGCCCUCGUGCCUGCCGGCCGCCGACACCGCGCUGCCGAGCCCCGGGCCGGACAAAGAGCCGGGGGAGAGGGAUGCGGCGGCGGCCACCACCAACACCACCACCCCGCGCUCCCCCGCGCAGCUCGGGAGCUCGCAGCUGAACCGGUGGUCGCGCGCGCGCGCGCACCGGUCCGGGCGGAGGCUGGAGUGGCCGACGAUACGGGACCGCGCGGCGCCGACGACCCCGACCAGGCAGCAGCCGUCGUCCGACGAGGCUGCGGCCGCGGCGGCGAAGGUGGCGGUGGAGGAGGAGUACAUGGACGACGGAGUGGUCGGGGUCGGGAGGGACGAGAAGGCGAAGUCGAUCUACAUGGUGUCCGACGGGACGGGGUGGACGGCGGAGCACUCCGUCAACGCCGCGCUCGGGCAGUUCGAGCACUGCCUCGUCGACCGCGGCUGCGCCGUCAACACUCACCUGUUCAACGGGGUUGAUGAUAUGGAUAGACUUAUUGAGAUCGUAAAGCAAGCAGCAAAAGAAGGAGCACUGCUUUUAUAUACUCUUGCUGAUCCUUCAAUGGCUGAGGCAACUAAGAAGGCCUGUGAGCUAUGGGGUGUUCCAUCCAAUGAUAUUCUUCGUCCUACUAUUGAAGCCAUAGCUUCCCAUAUUGGUGUUGCUCCAUCUGGAAUUCCACGAAGUUCUCCUAGCCGGAAGGGUCAACUUACUGAGGAUUACUUCCGACGAAUUGAAGCUAUUGAUUUCACCAUCAAACAAGAUGAUGGUGCUCAGCCACAGAACCUUAACCGUGCACACAUUGUACUUGUUGGUGUUUCACGUACCGGAAAGACACCAUUGUCAAUAUAUCUGGCUCAAAAAGGGUAUAAAGUGGCAAAUGUUCCAAUUGUGAUGGGAGUGAAUCUUCCAAAGUCCCUUUUUGAGAUUGAUCAAGACAAGAUUUUUGGAUUGACAAUAAACCCUGUGGUUCUUCAAGCAAUAAGGAAGGCUAGGGCCAAAACUCUAGGAUUUCAUGGGCAAAAGAGCAAUUAUGCCGAAAUGGAGCAUGUGAGGGGGGAAUUGGAUCAUGCCAAUCAAAUUUUCUCCCAGCAUCCUAUAUGGCCAGUCAUCGAAGUCACUGGAAAAGCCAUAGAGGAAACAGCUGCCGUCGUUGUGAGGAUAUUCCAUGACAGGAAACAGAAAUGCGCCAUGCCACGCAUAUCAAAACGGGUGGCUCCAAUUAGAGUCUACGAUUAUCUGUCAGAGAUGGUUAACACUCACGUUGAGUAUCAAAAGAUUUUUGCUAGGGACUUUUAAGUCUUGCAGCUGUGAAGUGAAUCCAAAAGUCUAAAAACCUACCUAGCCCUAUCCGGCAUUUUUCACGUCUCUUAUUAGGUUAGCAUUACCUGUGCAUAUAGAGGGUAUCUAUUCUUUUUGUAGAUCAUCACCACCUUGUGAGCUGUGUCAUAUUCUUUGUUCGUUCGUUUAACUCUUUUGUUUAAGUCAUGUACCACUCUUACAGAAAUGACAUAUGAGUAAAAGACAAUUCUUUCAAAUA